CCGCCGCCGCCGCCGCAGAGCCCGGGGAGGCGCCGGGCCGGGGCAGCCGCCGCCGGAGGAGGCCGAGGCGGGAGCGGGAGCGGCGGGGCCAGAAAAUGGCUGUUCCACCUGCUUAUGCUGAUCUGGGCAAAUCCGCCAGAGAUGUUUUCACCAAGGGAUAUGGUUUUGGGUUAAUAAAACUUGAUUUGAAAACAAAAUCUGAAAAUGGACUGGAAUUUACAAGCUCAGGUUCAGCAAACUCAGAAACGAGCAAAGUUAGUGGUAGCUUGGAAACAAAAUACAAAUGGGUGGAAUACGGAUUGAUGUUCACAGAAAAGUGGAACACCGACAACACACUAGGCACUGAGAUUACUCUUGAAGAUCAGCUUGCACGUGGCCUGAAGCUGACCUUUGACUCCUCCUUCUCUCCUAACACUGGGAAAAAGAGCGCUAAAGUUAAGACAGGGUACAAAAGGGAACACAUCAACAUCGGCUGCGACAUGGAUUUUGAUAUUGCUGGUCCUUCAAUACGCGGAGCUCUGGUGGUUGGCUACGAGGGGUGGCUGGCAGGUUACCAAAUGACAUUUGAGACAAUGAAGUCUAGAGUAACCCAGAGCAACUUUGCUGUUGGCUAUAAAACCGAUGAAUUCCAGCUUCAUACUAAUGUGAAUGAUGGAACAGAAUUUGGAGGCUCCAUUUACCAGAAGGUGAAUGAUAAACUGGAAACCGCCGUGAAUCUUGCUUGGACAGCCGGUAAUAGCAACACGCGCUUUGGAAUAGCAGCCAAGUAUCAGAUUGACCCAGAUGCCUCUUUCUCUGCUAAAGUGAACAACUCCAGUCUGAUUGGAUUAGGAUACACUCAGACUUUAAAGCCAGGUAUCAAACUGACAUUGUCAGCUUUGUUGGACGGCAAGAAUGUCAACGCAGGUGGUCACAAACUUGGUCUAGGAUUGGAAUUUGAAGCAUAAGGAGUGGUUCUACAAUCGUUAAUUUGAAAAUACAGCAUAGCUACCUUCAGAGUAUAGUGUACCUUUCAAUGUUUUAUGUCUGGGAUGCGAGUAUUGCUCAGUAUCAGUCCUGCUAGUCCUGGUUAAAGACAGCUAAGCUUUAAAAAUGAUGUUGCUAAAGAAAUGGAGACAAAAGCAUAAAAGGAAAUUUCUAAUUCCCGGCUUUUUCUUUUUUUUAAUGUUAUUGCCCAUCACGUGUGUCAGCUGCCACAUGAUAGGAAGUGGGAGGUAUUGAUUACCUUUACGAACGUAUUGACUGCACAAGGAAUAUGUUAAUGUGGUAUAAAAACUGAGACGUUAAGACCACUAAAUUGUACUGUUAAUUCCAUAAGCAAAAUAUUCCGACAGUUAAGGUUUCAAUUCACAAUGGAAUGUGCAAACUUGUCUAAAAAAGGGAUUUUUCAAAAAAACAUCUCUUUUAGAUAGCCAUUUUGUGAACGGCUUGUCUUUUUUGGUUAUCUUCCACCCGCAGCUGUCUCCAGAACGCUUUAGGUUGUCCACCUUGUGUAAGUCCGUUGCGGAGGAGGUUUGAUGUGACUCAGCCAAUACUACCUGUCCUGUGUUGUGGUUCCUUUCCCUUGCACUGACCGGAGAGCUUGUAAGACAGGGCCAUAAUCAGGGAAGAGUCUUUAUAACUGCAAUCACAUAGUUGCAUCACUAAAAUUAAAAUGGACUUUUGUUUUAUUACCACUUUUUUUUAGCGACUAAAUGGGUACAUUUUUAGAGAGUCUUCCAUUUUGUGUGGAACUAGACCCCAAAACGCUGUACUUGACACUACUAAAAAUGGAUAAAAAACCCAAACCCAACUUGAAUAAAAUAUUGAAAUGUCA